CUCGCCAGUAGUAUAAGAACCCUAACCUCCCCCUUCUCACCUUCUCUUCUCUUCUCCAUCUUCUUCUAUUCCCAUCUCCCCUUUCCCUCCUACCAUAAGAUUUACUUAGCUCAUACUAUCAAACCCACCAUGGCGUCCCCAUCCCCUUUGAAGAUAGUCAUCGUCGGCGGCUCUCUCUCAGCUCUAAUGCAAGCCAUCACCCUCCACCAACAAGGCCACACCAUCCAAAUCCUCGAACAAAGUCCCACUCCCACUCCGCCUUCCCACAUGGCCGGCGUCAGCAUAGGACCCGACGUCCUAGCUUUCCUCUCGCGCUACGACCGCGUCUCCCACAUUCCGUUAGGAAUCCCAGCCACUCAGCUCCAAACCGUAGACCACGCAGGCCAACCGCAGCCCUUCCUUCGCAUCCAGCGCACCAUGACCUCCUGGGAUGCAUUGUAUUUCCGUCUUCGUGCCAACUACGACGGUCUAGCCAGUGACUACAUCCCUAACCCUCCAGACCCCCUCCCUACCUUCCCAGAUGAAUCCCCAAGUGAGGCACGAGCCCGCGCACGAUACGACUAUGGCCAGCGAGUCAUCGACAUAUCCGAGAUCCCGUCAACAGGAAAGCUAGCCAUCGUCACAGAGAAUACCACCAGCAACAAUGACACGAAAAUAACAACAACAACAACACACGCAGCAGAUCUAGUCCUCGGCGCCGACGGUCCCCGCUCCAUCGUCCGCCAACUCUUCCUACCCCCAUCCCCUCAAUCUGCUGCCACCACCAACAAUGAAAACCACCGCAAAUACGCCGGCUACCUCGCCUGGCGGGGCAUCAUCCACGAAAGCCAAGUGCCACCCACAACCCUCUCCCUCUUCUCAUCCAACAUGACCUACAACAUCCGGAAACACCCCACCCACGGCUCCCACAUAAUCGUCUACCACAUCCCCGGACCCAACGGCUCCAUCGCCCCCGGAACCCGCUACCUCAAUCUCUGCUGGUACCAGAACGUAGCCGCGGAGGACCUCCCCACACUCAUGACCGACAUCCACGGCGUGCGCCAUCACACCACCGUGCCACGGGGCCUAGUGCCAGCGCGGAUCUGGGACUCGCAACGGGCGCUGGCGAAAAACGUGUUGGAUUUCCCAGAGCCGUACAUGGAACUUCUGAGGAUGAUUGAUGCGCCGUUUCUGCAUCUGAUUACGGAUUACCCGCCGAUGGGGAAGACGUGGUUUUUGGAUGUACGAAUCAGGCGGCGAUGCAUGCGCGGUUGA